ACAAGCGGGGCUUUAGCUUUAGGGCGGACGGAGAAGCCUAAGCUGAAGGAAAAGGAACAGUCGCCUGCGGAAUUCAAUUUUAUCCAACUUCUGCGAGAGACGAGAGCUAUUAGGUGAUCGAGGGUUCGAUUCGACGAAUUGCAGGUUGUGGGACACUCACUUGGAGUGCCCAACACUAGGGUUUACGGUCCCUGCCAUUGUUUUCAAGUUAUCGUCUGGGCGAGGUACAGAGGGUUUGGAGUUAGAGACGGGGCUCUUUUAAAUGGGAAUUUCGUAUUGAUGAGUUUUCUGAACCAUGGGCUUCUGUGAAAUGUCAUAUGGUCUUUUAAUAGAACUGUAAUGAUUCUGGCAUACAGUCGAAGUCAUGUCUUAUAGGAAAGAAGGGGAAAGAGACGAUAAUCUUGAGUUCAAGUGGCUUAAGAAAAGAGGGAUUGGUGGGAAAAAGAAAGAUGUACGGUUCUAUGAGUCAUUUACUUAUGAUGGGGUGGAUUAUGCAUUAUAUGAUUGUGUAUAUAUGCAUAAGGAAGGUGAACCCGAGCCUUAUAUUGGAAAACUUGUUAAGAUUUGGGAAACUUCUGACAAGUCUAAAAAGAUAAAAGUUCAAUGGUUCUUUCGACCAUCGGAAAUUGCUUAUUAUCUCAAAGAUGCUGAUGUUUUGGUGAAUGAGUUAUUUCUUGCUUCGGGUGAUGGCAUUGGUGUGGUGAAUCUCAAUCCCCUGGAAGCUAUUGCUGGGAAGUGCAAUGUUGUUUGCACUUCAGACGAUCCUAGAAACCGACAACCUUCAGCUGAAGAACUUAAAAUGGCACAUUAUGUCUUUUACCGCACCUUUGAUGUUAAAAGCUGUACAAUAUCUGAUCAGAUGGGGGACACAGUUGGUGGGCUUGAAGUUAAAUUUGUUUUUAAUCGAAGAGAGAGCAUCUGUAGCGUCGACAUGUCUAAAAAUGUUUCAAGCAUGAAGGGUGAGGCAAGAACUCCCAUUACUUGUGAGGAGACAACAAAGCUUUUGGGUGAAGAUACAAACAGUGUCCAUGGUAAUCUGGUUGCUGGUGCCCCUCUGUCAAAUGCUAAACUGAAGUUUGAACGUCUACAAUAUUCUGUGGAGUCUGGGAAAGACAUGAAGCCUUCUGAAACUGCAAGUUUGUACGAAGAGAAGACGACCAAAGAGACAACAAGAUCUGGGCAGACUGUGGAAGCUGUUAGGCUAGAAAGGGAUACUAAAUUGAAAGAAGUUUCGAGUGUUUUGGCUGGAAAAUCACCAGAAUCAAACAUGAUUGAAAAUUCAGAAUCUGCACAAUCAAAAGAUUCUGGCUCUAAGCGUAAAAAUCUUAGUGUUUGUGCAGAAACACCUACGGCGGCUAAUCUUGUUUCACCUCAUGAAACAAUGAGGUCAUUGAAAGCCAAACUUUCACCUAGUGAAAAACCAAAAUCAGAAUUCGAGAGAUCUGAUAAAGUCGAAAAAAUAGGCAAAAGUUCUUAUGCCGCAAAGAAAGAAUUGAAGACUGACAAUGACCUAUCCAAGGAAAAGUCAAAAUCUGGAUUUGAUGUGGCCAAAGAUAAAUCAUUAGCUAAGGAUGCAAAUCCAAUGGAUGGGUUUCCUCAGAAGAAAGCAAAAGUCGAAGAUUCUUCCCAAAUAACAAAAGAUGAUGGGGAUGACAAAAACUUGAAAGAAAAAGCAUAUGCCGGUAAAAUGAAAAAGUUGUCAUCAUUUGGGAUUCCUUACGAAAAUAAGGAAAAACCCACAGUUGGCAAGGAGGAUUUGAUUGAAUGUCGUUACGAGAAGGUGGGGAAGCUUUCUAAUGAUAGGUUGACUAGUGCGGCAUUGGGGGAUGGUGACAAAAAGGUUGGAUACAAAACAUUUGAAGUCACUCGAAGGCCAAUUGCCGAAACAAGUAAUUGGAUAAAAUUGUCUUGGGAGGAAAAAAUGAAAAGGGCCCAUGAUCAAGGAAGAUUGAUUUUACUACAGAACUUCGAUCCAGAAUACACUUCAGGAGACAUAGAGGAUAUUAUUUGGAGUGCAUUUAAGGAACAUUGUACCGCUAAAGUGGUGCAACAUACUGCUAUUUCUAAUCCUCACUCUGGCCAAGCUUUUGUCAUAUUUAAGCUGAGGGAUGCUGCGGACAAAGUAGUUAGAAAACUAAAUGAUGAAUGCUUAAUGCUACCAAACCAGAGGCCAUUGGUUGCAUCCACCGGAUAUUUUCCCAAGUUGUUCGAAAAGCAUAUUACAUUUGUUGGUCAUUUGGCUAUUGACAAAGCUAGGCGUCAAAUACAAAGGGAAUUGAAAGAAGCUGUGUCUACCUCUCAUUACUCUCAGAACAACACAAUCGAAUAUGAGAUGGCAUUGGCAUGGUGCUUGUUGCAGUCAAAAUCCGAUAAAUGGUGGGAGAAGCUUUAUGAGCAACAAUGGAAGGAGUUAAAGAAACUCAUGAAUGAACUCAAGUCGAAAUCAAAGUGUUCAUCUAUAUUCAGCACAGCGGUCUGAAUUUGCUGCUUACUUCAGUCCCUGGUUCCAAUUUUGGACUCGGUUUGCUUCUCACCCCUGGCAUUAUGAAAAUUCUUUCUAGAAGCUUUGGUGUAUGCUCCAUGUACAUACAUACAACAACAGUAAGCAUUAGCCUGUCUAAUUUCCCUUUGUCAUGCUUACCAAACAGACUUUCUGAUGGAACAAAACUCGAAUCUGAGUUCCCGUGCUCAAUAUAAAUGUAAAAUAGGGGAGAGUGGCCUUUAUCUUAUUGACUUCA